CAAUUCUCUGCCUUCUCCAAGUCGGAAGGCUCGCAUAUGAUUCGCAUUGCUAACUACAUACACUAUUUAUUCAGUUGGGUCCUUAAUCCACAGCUAGAGUUUGUGCAUCAUCCAAUUCAUGGUGAUGCGGCUCAAUGGACUACAGGGGCUGACCCUUCUCGUCACCAUAUGCUUUCGUAUAGCACAUAUCCUCCUCAUAACCAUGUUAAACACCCAUCAAUUCCAUGUAUCAAGUCGUCUUGGACAAUCACGUGCAAGUUUCAAAGUCCAGCUUGACCAAUCGAUUAGUGGCACUUUCUCCCUUCCGCGCUCAAUGGUUCCCCCAUCUUCACACCGUCUCCAUCUCCAACAUCUUCUGAGAGAGAGAACGAUGCAUAGCGUCAGAGAGUAUAUGGACGUUUGGCUGAUGAGGUCUAUCACCGCGAGUGACUAGUGAGUUCUGUCAUUGACGUUCAUGGGGCGUUAGCACCACUUCCGCGCCGAAUGUGACGAAAUGUGUGUAACCAUACAGCGAAAAGAUGUCUACAACCUGAAAGCUUUCACGCGUAUCUGAGCGGCACUUACACCAUCACUUUUGAAGAUUUUGAGCCUGUAGU